GGAUGCUCACACACCCAACCUGGCAACCCGCGCUACCGGUUAGUUCUGCAGUUACUGAGGAAGAUGGUGGACUUGGCGACAACAGCGUGCUCACAACUCCGUCCUAAACACUUUGGAAAAACAUUUAUAUCUCCACCUGGCAUUAGAUAUAGAUUACCGGGAGACAAUCAUAGAUAAUACAUAGCGAACCCCGUUGAAGGAGGUGACUUUUUCGCAUCCGGACAACUCUUUUUUUCUCCACGACUGGAGAAAGCUGGGAGUUGUUGAACGCGCUGGUGGUUGGUGCUCAGGAAGAAAGCUAGCCAGCGUUAGCCAAAGUGUCAACAAAAGUGUGAGAACAGCUCUAAUUUUGGGAGCUUUGUACCCAGCUGUCAAGAUAAAUCAAGGAGACCUUCAUCACUUUGCUGCUGCCACAUUCACGCCGACUGUCACAUCUGUUGGCAGUUGGACUGAAGACAGGCUAACUUUAGCUUGCUUACAUCGGCUAGCUUUGUUGUGAUUCGUGGACCAAAGCGCUACUCGAAAUGCCACGGAGUAAAAAGGGGAAACGUGGCUCCAGCAAGCCUGGCUCUCUUCGUCAGGAGGUUCUUCAGCUGCAGCUGUCGACUAAAGCCUCGCUGAAAGGUAUGAAAAAUGGGGUGAAGGGAGAGUCGGGUGCCAGCGAUGACGAGCUGACGUCUGAUAUCCUCAGCCACUGCAGCAGUGCCAGCGAAAGCACCUCUGUGGUGGAAGAGGGCACAGGAGGGGAGCAGGUGGAUGAGCUGACAGCCCAGGAGGAAACGGAAGACAAACUCAAGCAGUGUAUAGACAACUUGAUGGAUAAGAGCUCUAAGACACGUCUAGCAGGUCUCGAAUCGCUGCGUCAGGCUUUCUCCUCCAGAGUGCUGUACGACUUCCUCACUGAGAGACGCCUCACCAUCAGUGACUGCCUGGAAAGAAGCCUUAAAAAGGGCGGCGCGGAGGAGCAGGCAGCGGCGGCCACCGUCUUUACCCUGCUCUGUAUCCAGCUGGGGGGUGGAGACGAGGCAGAAGAGGGAUUCAAGAUGCUUCGCCCCAUCCUCACCGCAAUUCUGAUUGACAGCACUGCCAGCAUAGCGGCCCGCCAGAGUUGUGCCAGAGCUUUGGGAAUGUGCUGCUAUGUCUGUACUGCUGAAGAAGGAGAGGACCUGGUCAAGUCUUUGGCCCUUCUGGAGAGCGUCUUCAUGUCGUCCUACCCCAACCGAGAGGGAACUAUGCCCACACCCAAACCCGGCAGCCCCUCGCUCCACACUGCGGCGCUGCAGGCCUGGUCACUGCUGGUCACCCUCUGCCCUGCAUCGAGACUGACCGUGCUGCUCAACCUUCACCUCCCCAAACUGCAGGCGUGUUUGCAGAGCAGUGACGUCAACUUCAGGAUAGCAGUGGGAGAGACCAUCGCCCUGCUGGUGGAGCUGGGACGAGAUGUUGACGAGGAGUUUGAGGUAGAGGACAGCGAAAGUCUUUGUGAAUGUCUGAAGGGUCUAGCCACAGACGGCAACAAGCACCGAGCCAAGAACGACCGGCGGAAACAGCGCUCCAUCUUCAGAGAGGUGCUUCAUUACAUAGAGAGUGAGGACUUCACUGUUGAGAAGAUCAGGUUCGGAGUAGAAGACGUUUACAUCGACAGCUUUACGAGGAGGAGAAUAUACGACGCCUUCAAAGAGAUCCAGGAGUCCGGAGUCAGACACCAUCUACAGUUCAACCCACUAGUAAGAGACAUCUUUGGCCUUGGCGCUCCCCUCAUCCUGGACGCUACUGCCAAAGCCAACAAGAUCUCUCGAUUUGAAAAGCAUCUUUUCAACUCCGCUGCCUUCAAGGCCAGGACUAAACAGAGGAGCAAAGUCCGGGACAAACGGGCUGACAUCAUGUGAGAAGAAUGACAAUGAAGUGAAUGUGAGGAACUCCGGGGGCUUUAUUGAAACAGAUCCAAAAUGAUGCCUCCCAUAUUUCAGCUGUCAGAGAAAAAGACAGAACAUACUCUUUAAAGGGCUUUUUCACUUGUGCUCUUCACCCGCAAACAAAUACUUCAGAUUCAACAUUUAUUCUCAGCUCCAGCAGUGAAAGGCAAGUUUACUCUUUGUCCUUGCUGGUUUUCACCUGUUUUUGACACAAAACAGGGUGAAUUGCAAUAACAAUUGCAAACUGUAUUUAUCAAUAUACCAGUUCAGAGCCUUCAAAAUGGAUUUCAACUGGACUGAAACAAGUUAAUUAAACACAAUCUCCAGAAAUGAAAAUGUGUCAUAUUAAUUUUAUAAAUGGACACAAAUAAGGUAAAAGGGAAAACAUUCUGACACAUUAUGCUACAUUUUAGAUCUGUGGAGGCCCUCUGGUGCUGAUAGAUAUUUUUUCUGAUACUCUGCUUUAACCGCUGCCUGGUGGCUUGACCGGACAGUCAAGUCUUUUUAAAUGCUAAUAACUAAUUUAGUUUCUACAUAAAGCUGCUUCUCUGGACCAUAUCCAGUCCUGGUUACUUCAGUAACAAAUAUAAAAAAGGGCCAUUAAUAUAUUCAAAAUAAUCUCCUCUACUGUGGGCUACAUAUUCCUUGUUAUCCCUCAGUUGACUUCUGUCUUUACACCCAGAGUGACCACUUCAACUGCCAAACCAGAAACUGGCUUUAGGAACAAUGCAACCUAAACUCAAACGUGUGUAGUGUUUUUGUGUGAGCGUGAUUUUUAACUAGAUUUAUUUAACAUCUUGAAAUAAAACGCACAAAUACACAUAAACAAUAUUUUUGCAUGAUUACAAUUAAAUCAAUCAAGAGGUUAUAUUGUCAUCUUUAAACAUUUCUGGUGGUACAUUGUAUUUUACUGUUAUUUGUUGAAGAAGCAGUACUGUGUGAUUUUCUUUCUUUUUUUUAAGAAAAUCAAAAAUGCGAAGAACAGUUUACAAACAAUUAUGGGAUUUAUAUUUUUAAUGCGGGUUGGAAAGUCAUACAAUUCAUCUGCAUGUAAUGCAGAUACAAUGUACAUACGGAUUUAUGGAAGACUUGUAUCAGAUGAUGCAUUUGAAUGAUUUUACCUUUUUGAUUAUCAGUAAAUACACACUGUACAGGCCACCUACCGGAGCUGCUGAUCAGUUAGAUGGUGUUGUUUUUAAUGAUGGUCAGGUUUUUUGCUUGUAUUACAUUAAAAAAGCACACUUGUUGCCUCGAGACUUCUGUACUGUGAGGAAAAUCUCUCAUCAGCUUUCGUAGUUCCUGUUGUUGAACCAGGUUUGACCCCUGGGUGAAGAGCAACAGCCUCACCCAGUGCUUAUGGUGUUCGAGAAGAAGGAUCAAAUGAAAUAAAGAGUAUUUAAGCAA